UUAAACGCGAAUCACAUGUCCUUCCGGUUCAAUAAGCGCUUCCUCGAAAUGUCUCUUCAUAUAAACCACCUCCGCACAUUUAAACAAACGAUAUAUCUAUAGAACAUCGUUAUGUGUUUGAACUCAGAAUGUUGUAUUUUCCGUCUUGCGGAAAUGUAUAGUUUGCCUUGACAUCAUAGCGAAACUAUAUUUCUCAAAUAUAUAUUUCUUCGACAGCACUUGACUUCCUUCACAUUAUUUCAUUGAUUUUUCUGAUGCAUCGGACAUCGUUGACUUUUCUACUGUGCAGCUUGUAUUAAAUGUGUAACAUUACACGUCAACAUGUCAACAUACAUGCUUCUCCAUCUUCUGCCCAGAACUGAAACAUGAAACUGUUCAAUACUGUUUAUUCUAUACACCGACAAGAAAUUGUUCCCUUAUUCUUUGUUCGUGUGAGGCUCGUGUUUCAUAUUCGACAAGAACUGAAUCCUUACUCUCUUGUAUCUAUUUAAGCCGCUACAAUCACCAACAUUCUACUACCAUCAUUUACGAAUAAGCGUUUACGGCAAUUCUAUGUUUCGGAUAAUCGACCCACCUUCCAAUUUCAAACACAGCACCAGCGAGUGGAUCUAUAAGAUGUUAUUUCUCUGGUCGAGGGAACCAACCCCGGAUCCAAGAGCCAGUCCAUGGUUUGCCUGGUUCGCGACGGCUGUUCUAUUGUGGCGUUGUCGGCGUCGCAUUACUAAAGCGAUUUUGGCUAUUUCACCUUUGAGAUUGUUAAAGAGACGUGCUACUGGUCUAGCUAUCAAUCAGAAGAUGAUUCUGAAACAACAAAAGAGACACAGCCUUGCCCAGCUACACAAGCAUAAAACUGUCGGCAUACGGCGAGCGAAGCGACUGUGCACCGGCGACGGUCCGCAUAUGUCCGACAAUAUGUCCAUGAUAUCACAGAUCCACUACAGAGUCACCAGGAGUGGUAGAAUCUACGGGAAAUACCCGAACAAGACCGCCAUCCCAAAUGGCAUUCAAGAAAGCCAUUGAUAUUGCGCUAAAAUUAUCAAACACUCAGCUACUGUUUUUGUCUUUGUAUAAA